UAUUUAUUUUGGGGAUUUAUUUACCACCACAGGUUCUUAAGUCGUCACCAAUUGUUGGAACAUGUUACCGAAGAAAUUGUGCCCACCCCUUUAAUGGAAAAUCUUAUAGAAGACUAGAUGUUCUCACGAGCUUACUAGAAAAUGACCUACAUAGGCCAUAGGCCUUCUGCCAUAAAUUCGGGUCUGAAACUAAAAUCUUCCCUUAAGCACCAACUUGUAUCGAUGAUCCACGUCUACCACUUAUCAAAAUAAGCCAAGCGAAAUCCACUUUUACUUUACUGCAGAAAUUUAAGCUAACAAAUUGUUCAGACUUUAGAGCUAGAAGAAACGACCUUUCACACCAUUACGAGUAGCCCGCGGGUUUUGACACUACUAAAUGGAUGAGAAGUACGACAUUAUUGUGCUUGGUACUGGUUUAAAGGAAUGUAUACUCAGUGGUUUGAUGUCCGUUGAAGGAAAAAAGGUCUUGCACAUGGAUAGGAACAACUAUUAUGGUGCAGACACUACAUCAGUUACACCACUCGAAGCACUUUUCCAAAGGUUCAAUGUAAGUGCAGGCCUUCAAGCAUUUGGCCGAGGAAAGGACUGGAACGUCGACCUGAUUCCAAAGUUCUUAAUGGCUGAUGGAAAAUUAGUAAAAUUGCUUGUCCAUACUGGUGUUACUAGGUAUCUUGAGUUUAAAAGUAUUGAGGAGAGCUAUGUAUUCGACAAAAAUGCGAUUCAUAAAGUUCCAAGUAGCUCAAGCGAAGCUUUUUCGACAAGCUUGGUUUCCUUAUUCGAGAAAAUGAGACUCAAGAGUUUCCUGCAAUGGGUUUUGGAUGUCGAUCCUGAUAAACCCGCAACUUGGACUACUGUGUAUCCUCCACCGAAAAGUGUAAAAAAGGAUUCUAUUGAUGUGGCUUUUUCACACUUUGGUGUUAAUGAGACUACUAAGACUCUCGUCGGUCAUGCUAUUUGUCUGUAUACAGACGAUUCUUACAGACAAAAAGCACCAGCUAUCGAAGUCAUCUCCAAAAUGCAGCUCUAUUAUCGUUCGGUCAAUCGGUUUGGCAAAUCUCCAUAUCUUUAUCCUCUUUACGGUUUAGGGGAAUUGCCCCAAUCUUUUGCUCGACUUAGCGCGGUAUAUGGAGGUACAUAUAUGCUUGAAAAACCAGUGGAUGAAAUUGUGAUUGAGGAUGGUAAAGUUGUUGGGGUGAAGUCUGAUGGUGAAACCGCACGUUGUGAAAAAGUGAUAUGUGAUCCUAGCUAUGCUCCAAAUCGCGUCCGAAAGUGUGGUCAGGUUGUUCGUGCCAUAUGUAUUUUAAACCAUCCCAUUCCAAAUAUCAAGAAUGCUCUUUCAUCACAAAUAAUCAUUCCUCAAAACCAAGUUGGUCGACGUCAUGAUAUAUAUGUUUCGUGUGUCUCUCAUCCACAUUACGUAUGCCCAGAAAAAUUCUUUGUUGUCUUAGUGGCGACAACUGUAGAAACAUCAAAUCCACACCAAGAACUUCAACCUGGUUUACAAUUACUUGGACGUAUUGAACAUAUUUUCUAUUCGGUAGCAGAUUUAUUCGAACCUGUAGAUGAUGGUAGAUCAAGUAAUAUAUAUAUUUCAAAGAGUUACGAUGCAUCAACUCACUUCGAAAGUACAUGUACUGAUGUGUUAGAAAUGUACGAACGAAUAACUGGAAGUCCAUUUGACUUCAGUAAAGUUACAAGAAAUUUAGAAGAUGAUUCAUAACAAUAAUAUUGUCACCAUAAAUUAAUCUCCCACUAAAUAAAUGGAAACAAUUGCAACAAUAAUAAUCCCAAUAAUUAUUACCUUCGUUAUUUAAAACUUAUUGACAUUAUUGGUCUACUACUUUGUUUUCUUUUUUUUUUCUUAAUUCGCUCUGUUGUUCAUUCCAACCAUUGCUACUAACAUUACUAUGUGCGAACGACCCCAUACUGUUACACAACAGUGACAUGUUUUUGUUUGUAUUCACUUUCUAUUAUGUUCUACCAUUGAUUCAUUAUUUUUUAACCAUUAUUCAAAUAUUCACUUAUGAACACCGACUUCACUAAAUCUUCAUAUUUGGUUGUUUUUUUGUUUAAUUUGUUUCAUUUUGUUGUGAUAUCCCAUUCGCUUUCUCGGUCAAUUUUAUCGUGUUCUGUAAUAAACUUUUGUAUUCUAUCAUAAUAUUAAUUGGAAGUCUCCAGUGUGACUAAUAAUUAUACUUACAAUAUUUG